AUGACCUCUAUUAACCAGCACAAUAACUUGUCCCUUGUCACCCUUCACUUCCCCUCUUCCACCUCUUGCCACUGCCCUGACCAUGUGCCGCCUAGGGAGCUUGACAAGAAAUUUGGUAAAAUUGUGAACCUAAAAAACACCUUAAAUAACAACCCUAAUAACAUCCUUACUAACCUCUGCUCCGGCCUCGAGAAAUUCCUCGGCUUCGACUCUGCUUCCAAAGGCUACACUGGCCAGGGGAUUGUUUACUCUGACCUGGACAGGCUGUGUGACGGGGUGAUGGGAUUUUUGAGUGGUGUGCUUAAGGAUGUCAGCGAGAAACAGCCUUACAGUGUGGGUAAAACAAUGCUAAAAAAUCUUGUAAGUAAUGAAAUUAACAAACAUCUUUGCUCAGGGCACGAUGGCUUUAAAAGGCUUUUCGAAAAGUUGCCCAAGGAAAUCGAGAAGUACAACAGAGAAGUGAGAGAGUCCAAUGAGAAAGUUAGUACGCCAAUUAAGAAACUACAAGAAGAGAUCAAAGAGCUCGAAAAACAGGUAAGUGAUAUAUUAAAUGAUAAUGCUGUUUCAGCUGAUUUUGAUGUCAUCGGCAAUGCAGUCUCCCAGGCCAUGCCCUUGGUGCAGAAGUCUCUUGAUCAAGGUGCUGCCCUUGACAAUAGCUUGAAGAACGUAAAUUUCGACAUCAUUGACUUAAAUGCUAAUUUGAGUGCUAGAGUUAUUAGUGCAUUGAAAUCUGUGAGGCAUGAGAAUAGGCGCCUCGACGACCAGUCUAAAAAAGCGCUGGACGAUAUGAUGAACAUGAAUGCCAAAAUAACUGAUGUUCUAGCAAAUCUUAGAAUCAACAUAAACGAAAAAAUUGAAAAAGACGUCAGAUAUCUGGUUGAUGCGCUAAUAUUCAGAGUUACGGAUAUCAAAACAAAACUUGAAGAGAUUAAUCACAAGUUAGAAGGGUACAUAUAUGAGUUAGGGAAGUUGCUUGCUGAGGCCGAAGAAGUUAUAAGUGCGAUGGAAGGAACUUUGAAUGUUAUGUAUAAUCAUGUUAACUGGAAUGGUGAGGGUGAAAAGCCGCAAAAAUGGAAAGAUGUCGAAGAUACAACGAAGGAAAUUGAUACUUGUUUGGUGAAAAAAGUUGAAGAGUUAGUAACAUGGAAGCAGGCGGCAGACAACAUUGUGCAAAAGGCGACGUUGAAGUGCUCGGACAUACGUUUAAGAGUCGAUGAAAGUAGUAACCCUAAAAUAUUUCAGACGGCCACGGAUUUAAAAAACAAAGCUGAAAAACUCCUCACGGCUUACAAAGAUGCAAGGGCAGGAGUGGGACGGCUGGUUGAAGCAGCGAAAAAAAAUAUUACCACAUUGGAAGAUAAUUUGAAGACGGAUCUGAAGACUUUGAAAGAUCAGAUUAUAGAUGUUAUCAGUACUUAUUUUGAUAAGUUUUAUAGAGGAGCUGUGAAAGCUGAUCUUAGCCUGAUUGCUGCAGAGCUGAAUUCAUCAGCACCUAAGCUUCAAACGUGGCUUAGUGGGUACGCGAAGUAUAAUGGCAGUCCUAAGGACUCCGUAUACCUAGCUUUAAAAGCAUUUCAAAAAAAUUCACGUGGUAGCAGAAUGAAGUACGACGAAUCUGCGUAUGGCGCUAUCCAAAAAGACCUUAACGAAAGCGUUGGAAAGAAAUGGCCGGAUGAUGCGUCAUCGGUGUCAUCAGAUCCAGGAGAUGUACAUACGCAACCAUCUCAAGCUACCAAAGUCCAACUCACGAAUCUGCAAAAGUAUGCAUCUGACAAAACGGCAGUCGAACGGGCUUACACAACAGUAGCUGAGCACACGCUACGACACUUUGAGGCAUACGUCUCGAAGCAGAAUGCCGACAAAGAUGUAGGUGCUGUGAGGGAUCAAUUCAUGUCAAUUGUACAGGAGCUAUAUGAGAUCACAAAACUGGUUACUAACAAUGGUGGUCCUGGAUCGAAACCAGAUGGCGUCACGAACUACCUAGUAGAAUUAGUGAAAAUGCUCGAAGCUAAAGAAUGUACAUUGGAGUGUAAUAUAGAUGACAGUAUUAAGAAUGAAGUCCGUGGUUUGGAGCUUUUAAAAAAUGAAAUUAGUGCACUGCGAACUCAAAUUUCGGUUGUGGACGCAAAAGUUAAUGAUCUUUGCGAAGCUGUUAAAGUGCCCGGAUAUUACGCAAAGGAGCAUUUGAAAACCCUAAAAGAAAUGAUGUAUAAUGAUGUUGUAACUAUUAAAGGUGAAACCCAAAGGGGUAUUAACGAAGUGAAGAACUCCUUAAGAACUUUGCGUAAGAAGCUAGGUACAGCCAUACAAAAUGUACACGAAUUCAUUACCAGGGAUGCCAAACAUUCUGGCGAACAGACCAUUAUCCAUCUUAUAUCCUAUGUUAACGAAAACAUCGACAUCGCCACCUCCACCCUCACCACCGCCGCCCGCCGCAACUACGUCUCCUCCGUCAAGGCCCUCCUCACCGCGUUCGCGGACAAGGUCAGCCAGGAGUUGGCGGGGUUGCCGGAGGAGAUUGACAGGGAUUUGACCAUUGGUUUCAAGGGGUUGAUGAAGACGUUGGAGGGUACAAAGUACACUGCAGAAUUAUCAAAUACUGCUACAUUUAACGAUUCAAAUAGGUCUGAAUUGUUUGACAAAAUUAGUGAGCUUGCCAAGUCCUUGACGUCACCACUGAAUGGCACGCAGCAUCUUGAAAAAUUCAAAGAUUUAUCCACCAAUUUCCACACUUAUUUCACUAAUAUUCAUACAUAUAUCAAUAAUCAAAUUACUCCUGAAAAUAAAACUCAGUCUCCUACCGAAGACCCCAACGUCGCCAAACUCACCGACGUCAAAUCCAAAUUCACCGAUUUACUCGAUCACCUCAAAAUCAACACUAAUCAACGCCGAACAUAUAUAUUUGACAAUACUUACACUAAUCUCCUGUCCACCCUCUCCUCCUCCCUCCACCUCCUCCACCCCUCCCACUUCGCCAACCCCCGGCACCCGGAGCUGCUCGAUGCGGUCAGAGCGGGGCUGCAGGGGUUUGUCAAGGAGAUGGAGCGGGUGUAUGUGAACAAAUACGAGGGGUCAGAAAACACGUUAUUAGUAUAUGCACAUACCGGAAAUGUUACGGAAGAUGGAAAAAAUUGCGCUAAGAUUUUAAUGACUAUCCUGGAGAUGGUGAAGUACGAUUUGGCCAAUUUACUAUCUGGAUGUGAUCAGUAUAAAACUUCGAAAAUCACAUUGAAAGAGGACAACAGAUUUGGCCGGUGGUUUAGAAGCCGUGGCUUCACAGUGUCGAUCACUGAUAAGCAAGAUGGUGAGUUGAGGAAUAGUGACCAGUGCACUGGUAAUAGAAUUAAAGAUUUUCUGGUUGGAGAUUCAAGGGACAGACAUAUUUUCAGCAACGCGGACAUAAAAACAGAUAAUGGCUCACUUAGUAACCUUGUCGGCCAGGUAGCCACAUAUUGCAGAGUGACGCACCUCCGCUACAUCGAGAAACCCAAAGCACCAUCUAACAUCUAUCAAAUGCUGCAGUGGUUGAGCGGAUUGUUAUGUGAUCCAAUGUUAACCAAGGUUUCUUCCUACAUGAAGGAGCUCUUUGAUAAACCUGAAGCGUACAAGGAUCACGCAGAUUAUUCGAAAAUUCCAUCGACGGAUUUGAAACUAUCUGCCACCAGAGAAAUCGCUUAUGACAACUUACCGCAAACUCUUCAUCAGGUCUGCAACUUCUCUCAGAAGACGCUGGUUGCCAUCCUCGGACGCGGUCACGCAGGUGGCCGGUACGCCUGUGAUUUCUAUACCAACGUAGAUAAUCUAUUGUAUCCUAGUCGCAGUAGUGAAUGCUUUGAUAUGUUAGUUGAUAUGUUGAAUAGAGUCCAUCACCAACUGCGUUUCCUAUACAGCCAGUGUCAGAACGGUCCCGAUAGAAGCGGUUGGAAAGACUGUUGGUACGGCAAGGACAUCGGUGGCUCAGCGUGGAACUGCAACAGCAAGCAGUGCCCCAAGCAAAUCAAUGGUCAAGAGUGCAACCAAAUGGUCAACCAAACAGCUGACCAAACGUGUAACCAACAUCCCAAUUGUGGGCUCAAAUCUCCGUUGCAAUCUUUCUUGGAAGAUGGUUUGCCAGGUUUCCUCCCUCAUAAGUUUGACAAGCCUGGCUGCAACCUCACAUGUACCGUCUCUAAACACAGAGGUAUCCCAUGUAAAACGCCCAUGGGCUUUAGUGAUCUAGGCAUCACGGCGUCACGUGCGGAGAAAGGCUCGGAACUCUGGAAACUUCUUUAUCAGUUUUGUGGGUUGAAUGACAAACCUCUAAGUACGCUGUGUGCUCAGCUUAACUGCCUCCUCCGACAGCCACCGCAGACGCUUGGCGAUAUGUUCAGUUUCUUCCAAGGUUACUUGUCAAACUGGAACGGCGGCGGUAGAAAGCAUAAACAAGAGGCAUUUGAAAAUGCUGUUAAAAAGGCCAACUUCAAUAAUGCUGAAACAAUGUUGGACGUCACUUCCAUACAGCAGUCCAGUAAGCAUGACAGUCAUACUGCCGGCGAAAAGAAGCAGCUUAACGGUGAUAUAUUCAGCCUGGUGGAAUGCAAAUCUCAGACAUCAAUGCCAAACGUCCCCUGUGGUGCGUAUUUGCAAUCGAUCAGUUACGAUGUCCGAGUGGUGUAUUCUAAGGAAUGUGCCAGCCAGUAUUUGUCGUGGGUUGUUUACAUAUCGGAGACGUUCUGGGACUUACUCAAACAGUUGUAUGAACAGUGUUGCCGUAACUGCAAUAAAGCAGGGACACGAUGUCAUGAUAGAAGCUGUGUCAAAGAUUGUCAAGUGAAUACAUAUUACGGGUCUCCGAAUGCCAAGUACAUCGACAAUAUCAAGCAUGAGCAUGAAUGUAAUUCCAUUGUCACCUGCCGCAACACCCACGCAGCUAUAUACGCUGCAGGUUUCACGUUCGGCAGCCCAUAUGAACUAAGCGGUGCAAAAGAUAAGAAAACGAAACGUACGUGCCAGGAUUUCUGCAAAGCAUUGGAAUCAAUAUGCUCGGACAAAUCUGUUCUCGCAAGACUUGUCCAUGAAUAUAUUCCUAAAUUCCUGUGGGAAAUCAGGGAGAAGUUCUUCUACACCACCGUCGCGCUCUGGUCACUAUCGCUCUUCUACCUCAUCUGCGUCAUGGUUGGCAGACUGGAUGUGCUCCACAUACGCUCACACCUGAGGAUACCGUCGUCGCACAAGAUAACGGCGCAGUCAUUGUUGGCUGCUGCGCAAGUCGGAAGGCUUGCCAAGAUAUCGUAUCUACAACCGUAA